AUGGAUGCUGAUGAUGAAGACGACGAGGACGACCAUUGUAAUGGUAGUGACCUUAUCAAUAAAGAUGAAAAUGAUGAUGAUGAUGAUGAUGAUGAUGAUGAUGAUGAUGAUGAUGGUGAUAGAAGUAGUGGAUAUGAUAAUUGUGAUGUCAAUAUUGUUGGUGAUGAUGAUGCUAAUGGUGUUAACAAUUCGGGCCUACUUCGUGUCGGUUUCAAUUUACCAAUUGCCUCUUUUAAGCCACGCAACCUGGCGAUUCGGACCUUGGCCGAAAACCUUACAUCAAUUACGUGGAAACCGGCUGCCGACGAAAGGCUCACUAGUUGGGCUAGAUUCGGUACCAUGUUGUCACCCUGUCAAGAUGACCGCAUCUCAUCUAAAAGUACCUUCUGGAUUAUGCAAUCUUGGGUCUUUGAACAAAUCUUGGCAAACCUCAUGCUCAUGGGCUGGAGGCUCUUCUUCAUCGUUCUCGUAUUCGCUCCAGUCGCCAAGGCGAUUCAGGAGGUGCUCAAGGUCUACGUGGCAGCGGCAAUUGAAAAGUUGAAAAGCUCGGACCAAAGUAAGCUGAACAAAAUCGGUCUGUUCUGUCAAUUUGCCUUCUUCUCGUGCCCGUCCUUCCAUCUCGUCGACUGGAACGUGAAUAGCCCCCAAAGCAUCAACAAGCUCGUGUUGGAUGAGGAUCUGCUGAAAGUGAGCCGGUCGACGCGGCUCUCUGAUUGGCUGAGCCGAGGUGGUCUUCUCAAAACUGCAGAGGGUCUCUUUUGA